CCGACGCUCAAAACCCCUGACGACCUAUCCCACCUGCCCUCACUCCAAGCCCUCCAUGUUUUAAAAAUGCAACUGAAAGCGGCCAGUAUUCUUGGCGACAAGACACGAAUUUCCCUGACACCGACCGCUUUACAACGAUUAAUACCACACGAUGUACGAAUUGACUAUUGCCCUGGGCCUUCGUUACGAGACCGAAUGAUCUUAUUCCAAGGCUUUUACGACCCAGACGAGGUAUUUGAACUCUUAUCAACGCGAACCAUGUUUAUUGGCGGCGAUCCACGCGACACACGCAACUGGGUGCCCGAUCCCAAAUUUUCUGAACGCUAUUGGUUCUUGUCACAUCAAUUGGUCGAU